AUGCAUCCCGGGCUCGAGAUAUCCAUUGAAACCGAAGUCUCUCGUCCUCCAGCUUUGACGGAGUCCAAAAGGCCGAUCAAGAUUCGCUUGCCUCCCUACAAUCACAGUAUAUACUUGAUUCAGUGCGCGGAAGCUGCGAUUGGUCACGACCAGCAUUACUUUCGUCGGCGACAGCUUCGAGCCAGGGCCCGCCAGAUGUAUGAAGAUCCAGAGUCUACUCGAAGCAAAGAUCAUGGCUGGCUAUGCUAUUGGCUUGCUGCACUGGCACUUGGGGAGCUGUACAAAGACAAUGGAGGCACCACUGGUCCUGACAGCUCUCUUGAGACUGGCCACGUAUCGUCAGAUGCUACCAAAGAGCCUCCUGGAGCCGAAUAUUACCAUCAAUCUGUUGCCUUUCUUCAACAAGUGGCGGAAAACCCCGACUUACAGUAUAUUGAGACGUUGUGCUUGCUGACCAUGUAUGCUUUUUCCAUGGACAAGGUCAACACUGCUUACAUGUACAACGGUAUCGCGUUGCGUGCGGCGCUAUCUUUGGGUCUUCACCGAAAUCUCUUGGACUUCCCGUCCGAACGCUCAAACCUCUCUGUGGCGGAGCUAGAAUACCAGAGACGAGUAUUCUGGACCGUUUAUUACCAGGAUUUACUCACCACAGCCACCACAGGUCGCCCAUGGGGGAUCUUGGAUGACGAAAUCACCAUCGAAUACGCAGACUCCAGCCGCCUUGUUGGUGACUCGCUACAAGAUUUCUUCGAUUCCGACGAGUCAAACGCACACCUCGAAGUCAUGCGUCUGAGAGGGCAAGCAUAUUCUUCGUUGUACGGCUACGCUGGAACUGCAAUAAAUCCAUACUCCCAUAUUUCCUUGUUCAAUUUCGACCUGGGGAACUUGUUGUCGCAGCAGCACCUAGACAAAAUGGAUGAAUUCCACCAAGGCUUGAUUGCAUGGCAGAAAGAUCUUUUACCGAAAUUGAAAUUAAUUCGAAAUUGGGAUGGCUCGCUAAUCAACCUGAAUCGAGUUAAUGCCAGUUUACAUCUCAUUUACCAUCAGACGAUUCUGGUGCUCCUUAGACCGGCGCUUGUCAAUAUUCACAAUGACAGGUUUGAUGCACGCAGCAAGGGUCUUGCUAGCGUCAUUGACCUCUUUCCUGGAUCCAAAUCAAUCCUGCAGGCAUUUUAUACUGCCUGCCUGGAAUCUGCACGUGAAACCGCUACGAUUCUGGAGUGGUUGCACUACCACGGCAUUCUUUCGAUUCAUGCCUAUUUUGAUGCCAGCUACGCAUUUACUGCUGCCAUUGUCCUUUACAUGACCCAGCAGAUGCACGCGUUUGCCUACCCGGGACUAGAUCCGUUCUCAUUUACCGACGAUGACCAAUCUGCACUGGACACGAUCCUUCGGAUUCUCCACUUCCAGAGCUCGGCGGGCAAUAUUCCUGCGAGAGACUUUGAAAAGAGACUGAGAUUGCUGGAGAACAACCUUUCCGCACUAGAAACAGAACUUGCAAAUCACGUAUGCUUGGAUGAGCUCAACUUUGAGAUCGACUCCUUGAAUCCAGCGAUGCCAGCGUUGGCUGGUCAUACCGAGGCACCACUAUAUGUAGGCUCCUGA